CUGCGUGUGCCGAUCCAGUUCACCCACGUCUCGGCAUCGCCAGCCACGGAAUCCCUCUGUCUCGCAGAGGCAAAUCCGCCCGGCUGGUCGGUCCGUCCGCCAAACGACGCGACUCCUCUCGAGCCGAAGAAAAUGGCCAUGCGGCAAUACGCGGCUGCUACCGCUGCCUCCUCCAGUUUCAGAGCACGUCCACGGGCGCGCCCCUCCUGCCUCCCAGCCGCCGCCCUGCCCUUGGCGCCUUGCUGUGGUGUGGCGUGGAGCCGUGCUAGCUACAGGCGAGCCUCCGUUCGUGCCAUGGGUGCCGCUUCAUCGUCUUCGUCGUCGUCGUCGUCGUCUCCGUCGCCGCAGGGUCAAGCCCAAGCCCAAGCCCAAGGUAAACCGAACUACAGUACAUCUCUGACUGAUGAGGAGUGGAGGAAGCGCCUGACAAAAGAUCAGUAUUACAUUACUCGGCAGAAGGGCACAGAAAGAGCAUUUACUGGGGAAUACUGGAACACCAAAACCCCGGGCAUCUACCAUUGUGUCUGCUGUGACACCCCUCUUUUUGAGUCAUCGACCAAAUUUGAUAGUGGUACUGGGUGGCCGUCAUAUUAUCAACCCAUUGGAGAUAAUGUAAAGUGCAAGCUUGAUAUGUCCAUCAUAUUCAUGCCUCGGACUGAGGUGCUGUGUGCUGUCUGUGACGCUCAUCUGGGGCACGUGUUUGAUGAUGGGCCACGACCAACAGGGAAAAGAUACUGUAUCAAUAGCGCAUCUCUCAAGCUGAAGAAGACCCAGUAGACCUGUGAAGAUUAUGGUUACCAUGUACCUACACGGCUACACUAUCCGACUAGUUAUAAGGGAUAGAUUAUGUAUAUAGAAUAUGUAAAGAAUUAAGACUUGGGUAUUAUGUUUACUUGUGUAUCAAGGAAAUGACGUGUAGUCCUAGUUCGGUAAGAUUGUAAAGUAGUUGUAGGAGAUUUAAACCAUAUUAACUUAAAUCUCUAUCUUAUAAACCUGUCUCCUCCGUCUAUAUAA